GCGCUCGGCUGGGGCGGCCUGGCCCACAAUGAAUGGCCGCCGCGGCUACCGCUGCUGCUGAGGCGGAGGCCGCGGAGGCCGCGGAGGCGGAGGCCGAGGCCCCGGCGCAGGGGGGCGCGCCCCGGGCCCAGGCCCGGCCUCAGCUGCCGCUGCGGAGCCCGCCGGGAGCCCCCGGAGCGCGGCCACGGCGCAGCCGCUGCCGCCAUGGCCCAGACCCUACAGAUGGAGAUCCCGAACUUUGGCAACAGCAUCCUGGAGUGCCUCAACGAGCAGCGGCUGCAGGGCCUGUACUGUGACGUCUCGGUAGUGGUCAAGGGCCACGCCUUCAAGGCCCACAGGGCCGUGCUGGCCGCCAGCAGCUCCUACUUCCGGGACCUGUUCAACAGCAGCCGGAGCGCCGUGGUGGAGCUGCCGGCGGCCGUGCAGCCCCAGUCCUUCCAGCAGAUCCUCAGCUUCUGCUACACGGGCCGCCUGAGCAUGAACAUGGGUGACCAGUUCCUGCUCAUGUACACGGCCGGCUUUCUGCAGAUCCAGGAGAUCAUGGAGAAGGGGACCGAAUUCUUCCUCAAGGUGAGCUCCCCCAGCUGCGACUCCCAGGGCCUGCACUCUGAGGAGGCCCCCUCAUCCGAGCCCCAGAGCCCCGUGGCGCAGACGUCGAGCUGGCCAGCCUGUGGCACUCCGCUGCCCCUGGUGUCGCGCGUCAAGACGGAGCAGCAGGAGUCGGACUCUGUGCAGUGCACACCCGUGGCCAAGCGGCUGUGGGACAGCGGCCAGAAGGAGGCCGGGGGCGGCGGCGGGGGCAACGGCAGCCGCAAAAUGGCCAAGUUCUCCACGCCAGACCUGGCUGUCAACCGGCCAGCCCAGCAGGCCCCCGUGGUGGCGGCGGCACAGCCCACCGGGGUGGCGGCGGGGGCGGGGGCCGGUCCGCCGACGGGGGGUGCAGCGGCGGCGGCGGCAGCGGCAGCAGGCGGUGUGGUGAGUGGGCCCAGCACGUCAGAGCGGACCAGCCCCGGCACCUCAAGCGCCUACACCAGCGACAGCCCCGGCUCCUACCACAACGAGGAGGACGAGGAGGAGGACGCGGGCGAGGAGGGCACGGACGAGCAGUACCGGCAGAUCUGCAACAUGUACACCAUGUACAGCAUGAUGAACGUCGGCCAGACUGCUGAGAAGGUGGAGGCCCUCCCUGAGCAGGUGGCCCCCGAGUCUCGGAAUCGCAUCCGAGUGCGGCAGGACCUCGCGUCUCUCCCUGCCGAGCUCAUCAACCAGAUUGGCAACCGCUGCCACCCCAAGCUCUACGACGAGGGCGACCCCUCAGAGAAGCUGGAGCUGGUGACAGGCACCAACGUGUACAUCACGAGGGCGCAGCUCAUGAACUGCCACGUCAGCGCGGGCACCCGGCACAAGGUCCUGCUGCGGCGCCUCCUGGCCUCCUUCUUUGACCGGAACACGCUGGCCAACAGCUGUGGCACCGGCAUCCGCUCUUCCAGUAACAACCCCAGCCGCAAACCGCUGGACAGUCGCGUACUCCACGCCGUCAAGUACUACUGCCAGAACUUCGCCCCCAACUUCAAGGAGAGCGAGAUGAACGCCAUUGCGGCCGACAUGUGCACCAACGCCCGCCGCGUUGUGCGCAAGAGCUGGAUCCCCAAGGUCAAGCCGCUCAUGGCCGAGGGCGACGCCUACACCACCUUCAUCAGCUACACGGGCAAGAUAGAGCCGGACAUGAUGGGUGUGGAGCACGGCUUCGAGACGGCCAGCCACGACGGCGAGGCCGGCCCCUCAGCUGAGGAGGCCCUCCAGUAACCCCCACCGGACCCUCCCGCGAGGCCGUCACACUCCCCCUCCUGUCACACCCACCCGCCAUCUUGGUCACGAGCUACUGUCUGUCCCUCCCCAGGACCCGCGGGGGGUGCUGCAUGCUCCCGGCUCCUCUGCCUCCCCUGUCCCAUCCCCUGACCCCAAGCCGAUCGGGGAUCCGGGCUGGGAGAGGAUGGCAGGUGGUGCGAGGUCUGCGUGGCCUUCUCUAGCACACACUCAUGCACAGUCGGGGGGCUCUUGCUCCCCGUCUCCUAACCCCUAGUGACUCUCUCCCCACUCACCAGGCCAGGCACAGGGAGGGGCCAGCCUGGGGGGGCUUGGGAAGACCCCCUUCCCACGCCCUGGGCCACCAAGCGGGAGCAUUCCUCAGCCUCCGCCCCCCCCACUGCAGCCCCUCGGGACUUGCAGGGGCCCCUGGGUUCUCAGGACCCCUCCCACCACCACCUCCCAGUGCUUCCACGUUUCCAAAAGCGCCUUCCUGUUUCCCUCGUCUGUCCCUGCACCUGGGGGCUGGGGUAGGCGAGGCCGUGAGGACUGCCCAUUUUACAGCUGAGGAAACUGAGGCUCAGAGAAACUGACCGACCCAAGGUGGUGGGCGGUGGCAGGCCCAGCGCCCUUCUUUUCCCCUCCCCGUGCUCAGCCUGUCUUGCCAUCACCAGUCCCCUGGGGCCUGAGAGGGGCAGGUCCUGAGUGAGGGGGGCCUUGGGGGCAGACCGUGGGUCUCUGAGGACAGGAGGAGAGGUUUCCGGGGCGUGCAGAAGCGUGUGGGUGUGCAUGUGUGUGUGUGCGCGCGUGUGCGUGUGUAGAAGUUUUGCUCUUAAACAAAUGAAGACAUAAGAGGCAGUAGGACCAGGGGUGGAGCCCAGGGAGCCGGCUAGGGGGAGGGGGCUGCUGCCUUUCCCUCCCUUCCUCACCCCCACCCCGCCCCCACGGCAGGGCUCCCAGCCCCCACCCCCUGUACAUACUUUUUAAAACAUUUUUUUAGCUAAUGAAAUAUUGAAGUAUAAGAUUCCUUUUAUUUUUCAAACCAAUGGGACUGGUUCUGAUGUCCCCUUUGGUCCCCGGAGCUGUGGAGCUGUGGAAGGCAGGACGGGGUGGGGGGCCAGGGGGCAGGCUGAAUGUGCUGCGCAUGUGUGUGGAGUGUGGGUGCGCGUUUCCAAGGUGGGGCUCCCCCAAGCCCCGCUCUGCCUGGGCUCCUUGGGUCCGGCCAGCUCCCACUCACCCCUCUGCCUCCCCCAUGGGGCUCCAUUGCAAGGGUGUCCCAGGUUUUUGAGUUCUACAUGUAAACUCAGAGGGUUCUUUUUUUUUUUUUAACUCUACUCCCCUUCCACCAUACACACAUCCACUGGGUGUCAUUUCUUUGCAAUUUCACAUUUUUGUCUCUAGCCCUUGUUCUCAUGCCUCUGUCUUCUCCCCAAUCUGACUCGCCCAUUGCUCCCAGCAGCCUCUCUCUCCAAAGGCAAGGGGACUACAGGAGGUGGUGGGGGCCCACUGGACCCUUGAAACCUGACUUGGAGGCCUGCCCCCCCCCGAACCCCAGGAACCCCCACCAGCCUGUGGGGCCGGGGUGGGGGGGUCCUUCCUGACAUCUGCUUGUUGCAGGGGUGGGGGGAUCAGUCCAGCUGGGGUCCUGGGACUCUGCUUUCCUGGCCUCAGCUGGCUCAAGUGUGUAGGGGGAGUCAACACCCCCAACUAAAGCACAAGCACCUUAGUCACAUCUACCCUGCCCCCCCACCCCAAUCCUGGUCUCAGCACCCACCCCAGCAUAGAUCCCAAAGCACAAUAUCCUGGUCACUUGGCAAGCUGCCGGGCCGACCAAGGCCGAGGGGUGGGCUGGGGCUCCAGCCAGACCCCACAAGGAAGCCGGAGUCCCCAGGCGCUCCCCUCCUUCCAGGCCUUAGUGGGGGCCAGCUCUCUGGGACUGGGGUCUUCUCCCUCCCCACCCCCUUGUCCUGGGCAGGCCUCUGUCCAGCCCCUCCUCACCUUUUUUCUUGAGCCCCUGCAGCACUGGGCUGGGUAGCAGAGCCCUCUUGUUUCAGGGACCCCAGGAGGCGCCCCCCCUGGCGGUCUGGGGAGGGGUGGGGAGUGGGGCUGGGCAGGGGUGCAGGGGAGGAAACUCCUCACCAGGAGAGCCAAAGACAGGGUUGUGCCUUACCCCGGGAGCCACCCCUGCGCCCUCCCGCCCUGCUUCCUGCUCCUGGGUGGCCUGCUGCUUUUCCUUCUUGCCUUCCCUGCCCCCUCCACCCGAGCCCACCCCACCCUGCCCUGCGCUGCGCUGCAUGGACCCCCAAGCCCGGGCAGCCAGAAAGGAACAUGGAGAACCACCGACCAACGCAAAAAAGACUGUGGGGGGGCCACCUCCCUCCCCGCCGCCGGCCGCCCACUCACCCUCGCCUCUUUCACGCAGGACAGUCUGUCUGCGUGGAGUGCCAACGCCCUCCCCGCCCUGGGCCGAGCCCCUCCCCACCCCCGGGCCGUAAGUGAGAUUGCACAUUGACUACUGUAAGAAGAGGAGCCGCACUGGGAAAUGUGAACCGUGAGAAUAUCAGUGAUACUGAUGAGGAGAAUAAACUAAACGCCUUUGUAACA